UCAGGUGUCACAUUUGUAAACACAGGCGGUCCUUGAAUCCUCCGAGAUACGCUCGGCUUCUCUCUCUCUCACGCUCACGCUCACGCAUUGCAGCUUCGCUCCGUUCAUGGAGACUAGCCGCCGACCCUAAGCCCUCUCUCGGAUCUGGAACUCCCUCCUUCUUCUUUUAAUACAUUAAAGUUAUUAUAAAGACUUUCGUAAACCCUAGACUGACUCUGGACUUGGAAGUACAGCGAUGAGUACUGAAAAUGAUGAUUCCAUCGACAAAGCUGUCUCAGACCGUCGAGAGAGGCUGAGAGCGCUCAAAGCUGCACAAGAACUCCUAAAUACCCCAGAAGAUGACAAUGAAACCAAUAAAGAAACGAAUCUUAAUAUGAAAUUUCGAAAUUAUGUUCCUCAUGAUAAGAAGCUCCAAGAGGCCAAGGUUGCCCCUCCAGUCCUUCCAAAAUUUGAAGACCCUGUUGCAGCAGAGCCUCCACCAUCUGAGAAGAAAGAGGACCCAUUUGUCAAUAUAGCUCCUAAGAAACCAAAUUGGGACCUCCGAAGGGAUGUGCAGAAAAAGCUCGAUAAGCUUGAAAAACGAACCCAGAAGGCAAUUUAUACUCUAAUGGAGGAACAAGUAAAGCAAAAAGAAUUGGCUGAAGAUGGCGCAAAGGAAGUGGUUUAACCAACACCUGGCUACCCAUAAUGAGCAUGUUGGUUCUCUCCCACAAAAGAAAAAUGAUAGGUUUUAGCUUUGUUUAAUUGUUAUAUACUUAAUAGAAUUGUAUUAUUUUUUUUUGUUUGAGAUUGCUUUUACCCAUUGGCACCACUGCAGAAUGACAAGUUGGUAAAGUUUAAUGGUGAGGCUGCCUGUUUGGUUAGUUAAUCGGAACAAUUUUUCAUUCCAUUUA